UCGUCCCAGUUUAGUCAGCGAGUCGAGUGAGACAGUGGAUUCCUUCGAUGUGAGUGUGACCUUCGCUGACCCAAUCGGGCGACAGCUGUCCACUGACCAGUCUACCCAGACACAGGAACGGUAUAAAGGAGGACCGGAGGAUGGAACCGGCAUCAGAUCUCACACAGACAGAUCCACAACAACACACAAAAUGAAGCUGUUUGUUCUCGCCGCCGUGCUGGCCGUGGCCGCCGCCGCCCCCAGCCGCAGCUACGCUGCCCCCACGUACGCCCCCAAGGUGUACCAGAUCCUGAAGCAGGAGGCAGAGCUCCGCGACGACCAGUCCUACGACUCUCAUUUCGAGACUGAGAACGGCAUCUACGCCUCCGAGUCGGGCAGGCCGGUGGAGGGAUACGGCGAUGACGAGGAGAGCUACGACGUCAACGGCCAGUUCAGCUACACCGGUGACGACGGUGUCGUCUACAAGGUGGUCUACGUGGCCAACGGGAACGGCUUCCAGCCGCAGGGCGCCCACCUGCCCACCCCAGUGCCCACCGAGUACCCGACCCCGGAGGCGUCUGAUGAUGAUGACGAUGAGGAGGAGGAGCGUUACGAGGCUCCUGAGGAGGAGGACGAUGAUGACGAAGCUCCCGCCGGCUACUACCAGCCCCAGUAUGAGCGCGUCAUCGUCGGCUACAGGCCCCGCUACCAGUAGAUCCAAACGUCCACUUUCUCUGCGAUGUGAUACUCUACCUGCGGUGUGAAAGAAAAUGUUUUGCUUUUUUUGCUUUGAUGGUAUUUAUUUUAGAUGUCGUUAAAAAUACACUUGGAUCGAAGUGUUA